CGACGGACGGACAAAUGAGGGGCAGGACACAUCAUCCCACUCGCACGCUCCACACCCCGUCCAAGAAGAAGCGACUUGCCUCGCCUUGCCUUCAUCAGCAGAGCUGCAGGCACUCAUGCCCAUGGUUUCCCCAUUCCCCGUCGCCGUCGCCAUUAUGCUCUUGGCCGCUGUCUCGGCGCCGAGACACGCCUCGGCGCUCACCCGCCAUGACUUCCCCGAGGGGUUUGUCUUGGGCGCAGGCACCUCCGCCUACCAGGUGGAAGGCGCGGCUGCAGAGGACGGGAGGAAGCCCAGCAUCUGGGACACCUUCACCCACCAAGGCCACUCGUCUGACGGGUCCACCGGAGAUGUUUCAGCAGACCAGUACCAUCUUUACAAGGAAGACGUAAAGCUUAUGCACAAGAUGGGUCUGGACGCGUACAGAUUCUCCAUUUCUUGGCCCCGGCUUAUUCCUGAUGGAAGACGACAGAUAAACCCAAAAGGCUUGGAAUACUACAACAAUUUGAUAGAUGAGCUGAUACUAUAUGGAAUUCAGCCUCAUGUCACCAUCUACCAUUUUGAUCUUCCUCAGGUCCUGCAGGAUGAGUACGGUGGACUACUGAGCCCCAGAUUCAUAGAAGAUUACACCGCUUACGCGAACGUGUGCUUCAAGAGCUUCGGCGACAGAGUGAAGCACUGGGUAACCGUCAACGAGCCAAACAUAGAGCCGAUCGGCGGCUACGACAACGGCUCUCAACCUCCGCGCCGCUGCUCCUAUCCGUUCGGCGCAGACUGCGCCGGAGGGAAUUCUUCGACCGAGCCGUACAUAGCAGCUCAUCAUCUCCUGCUUGCACACGCUUCGGCAGUGUCCCUGUACAGAGAGAAGUACAAGGCAGCGCAGGGAGGCCAGAUAGGGAUCACUCUGCUGGGCUGGUGGCAUGAGCCUGCUUCUAACACGACUCAGGAUGCAGCUGCUGCCAUGAGGAUGAAUGACUUCCACAUAGGAUGGUUCAUGCAUCCGUUGGUGUAUGGAGACUACCCUCCGGUGAUGAGGAGCAGGGUAGGCGGUCGAUUGCCGGCUCUACCGGCACCGGAGUCGGGCAAGGUGCGUGGAUCGUUCGACUUCAUCGGCUUCAACCACUACCUCAUCAUGCGUGUGCGAUCUAUCGACACCAGCUCCGGUCAGGAACCCAGGGACUACUACGUCGAUGCAGCCGUCCAAAAUCCAGCAGCAGACAUAACCACGGGUAAGGUGGAAACCGCUCCGUGGUCUCUGAGGAAGCUGCUGGAGCACCUGAAACUAAACUACGGGAACCCCCCCGUGUGGAUCCAUGAAAACGGAUACGCAGACGCCCCGAGCAAGGACGACGACGACGAGGACAGAACGGAAUUCCUGCAGGAUUACCUGGAGACCCUGUACCUGUCCAUACGGAACGGGUCGAACGCGCGGGGAUACUUCGUGUGGUCGUUCUUGGACGUGUUCGAGUUCCUCUUCGGCUACCGGCUGCGCUUCGGCCUGUGCGGCGUCGACAUGGGCGACGCCGCGAGGACGAGGUACCUGAGGAGCUCGGCUCGCUGGUACUCCGGCUUCCUCGCCGGCGGCGAGCUCCGGCCGGCUGCUCGGCCCCACAAGUCGUACGUCCGAUGAGAAAACAUGAGACGCUCACAUGUAUCCCUGCACGUGGUUUUUUUUAACACUCCUUGCACGUGUGUUUGUUUUCCGCGAACUGCUCUGCACGACGAGAAUACCUGUACCGGGAAAAUAUGGAUACGUUUUGUAAUCUUGUUUCUCUUUUCACGAAUACGCAAAGCUUAUGUAUCUUUAUAGAAAAUAUAAGAGAGGCACCCUGCUUUGUAGUCUUGUUAAAAA